UCAACUGCAGCAACUGGGCGAGCGGAAUAUUUUCAUUUCUCUCUCUUUCUCUCUGGCGAUGGGAGGGAUAAACCGAGCAUAUCACGAAUAAAAACACAAAAAUGAAUGCACUGAACAACAAAAGAGACUAUUGCCACAUUUCAUUUUGAAAAUGAGUUUGGAACGCGUAAUUGAGUUUUCGCAUCCAAUCAAAAAAUAAUAAAAGUCUGGUGGAAAAAAAAGGAACAACAGAUUGGAAAAAAUCGUGCACCAUUGAUAAGGCCAAUUAAAUUAUAAAUUAAUUAACGUGCGCGCGUGAACAGAAACGAAAGCGAAAACAUGUUUGGCUGCAUUUAUCAGCUGUGGGACUGGUUGGAAGCGCCACCGCUCUUCACCGCCGGCACCAUGGACGCCAAAAAGCUGCAACAGUUGCAGGCGGCAACUGCACAGCAGCAAAAGAAACUGCCACUCGCCUAUCAGACGAAUCUAAUUGAUUAUCGCACGGCGACACAUUCGCCCGCCGGCUACCAUCUGCAGUCACAGGCGCUUUACCAGCAAUCGCCGACGGCGACCUCAUCCAGCGGUGGGGGUCCGUUAUCACCCAUCGAUAUGCAGCCGCAGGCGAAGCAUGGUCUGCUCAAGCACAAUCAUGGCGGCAAUUCGAGCAGCUCGCAUAGUUCACCCUAUCAUCAGUCGUACUCGAGCGGGGGUGGCGAGCAAAUCUAUCAGUCGCCCACGGAGCGGACUUAUCUAGCGGCUGCCGGACGUUUGCAGGCGAGCAAUGCGACGGCAGGACAACAUCCUAUAUCGGCGCUGCAGGCGCAAUAUCAACAGUUGCAACAGGCCAAGAUGCAGGCACAGUUGGUGACGCAAAGUGAGGCGCAGCAGCAGCAGCAGCGAACGUUUGCAAUGCGACAGGCAAUGAAUCCACCCACAGCCCAUUAUCACAUGAGUCAAUCUUCGAGCAUGGUGUCCAACAUGACAUUGCAGCAGCAACAGCAACUGCAACAACAACAACAGCAGCAGCAGCAGCAACAACAGCAGCAGCAGCAGAGAGCUCCUCCUUCAACCCUUAACCUAGGCAAUCAAUAUCAGGCUGCCUCGGGUCCUUUGAAAUUGCAGCAGCAGCAGCAGCAGCAACAGCAACAGCAGCAGCAGAUGCCCAAACACUAUCAGGAACAACUUUAUGCACAGCAGCAACAACAGUUGCAGCUCCAGUUGCAACAUCAACAACAACAGCAACAGUUGCAGCAGCAACUGCAGCAACAACAGCAGCAACAGCAACAGCAGCAACAACAGCAACAACGUCAUAAGCCAGAGUUGCAAACGCCCGGCAGCGAGCAUGGGCCCGUCUACAUCCAACAGAAUCAUCCUGGACAUGUGGUCAAUCAGGCCUGUCAGACACAAAUCUCAACUGUAAAGCCCAAACCCACCCCUAGCUCGGAGGAAUCCUCAUCGGCCUCCACGCGCAGUCCAACCCAUGCUCCCCUAGAUCGAAAGAAGAGCAUUGGCUCUGGGCAGGCACUGAAGUCUCCGAUUACCAAGCGACCACCGACGACUCCGGUUACCCUCUCUGGCUGGUUGCACAAACAGGGAUCGGAUGGAUUGAAAGUCUGGCGCAAGCGUUGGUUCGUCCUCGCCGAAUACUGCCUGUACUACUACAAGGGACCCGAGGAGGAGAAGCUGUUGGGUUCGGUGUUGUUGCCCUCAUAUCGGGUGUCUGCCUGCCUGCCCGAGGACAAAAUCUAUCGCAAGUUUGCCUUCAAGUGCGAACAUCAGAAUAUGCGCACUUAUUGGCUGGCUGCCGAUAGUGCAGAUGCCAUGAUGCAGUGGGUCCGAGCUCUGGCUGCCGCCAGCAUGAUGCAGGCACCCAGUAGCGGUGAAUCGGAGCCCAGUGUUAACUCGUCGCUGAAUCACAGCGGGGAAAACUCCGACUCGGGCAUACACACAUUGCAAUCUCAGCCAGGCAAGGGUCAACUGACGCCUGCUUCGGAUAAUCCCGGUGGUGGUGCUCAGCCACUGUAUGCGAAUGCACCACCCAAGCCGCGUAGAAUUAACGAUGGUGGCUACUCCUCACCAUCGCCCGAGCACAAUGAACAGCAGCCAGUGCCACCAAGUCGUCGCACCGGGGGCAUGUUGUCACCCACGCAGCAGCUCUACCAGCAACGAUCUCAACAACAGCAGCAGCAGCCACAGCAGCAUCAUGCCAUCUACGAUACACGAACGGGCCAUGUGUCGACGGCGCUGCAGUUGCAGCAGGCACAGCAGCAAUACUCCCUGGAUCAUCUGGAGGCACAGUUCCAGCAACAACACCUGGACAUGGAGGAGCAGAUAGCUCGUCUGCAGCAGCAGCGCGCAGUGGAGGAGAUCUAUGGUGAACGGGAUCUCUACAUGGCUAAGAUGAUGCAGCGUGGUGGCGUCUAUCCGAACCAGCAGCAGCUUCAAGCCGAGCGACGCACACCAGACGCCUAUGGUCGCUCCAAGCAGCAGCGAAUGUUUGCCGCCGCAGCUGCAGCCGACUACGAGGACAUUUACAACAUGUCGCAGCUGGCAGGAGCAGGUGGCGCCAUAUCCGCUCAUGAGGCGCUGCUCCAAGAGGCAGCCAGCUAUCGGCGGCCACUCAGCCCGCCCAGCUACGAUGGCAGCAAGCAUGUGCCAGCAAUGCCACAGCGAUACACGCCCAACCACAUGGAGCCAAAUGCGGCCGAUCAACUAAUCAAUACGAUGGACUUGCGUGCACGGACCGCAGCGGCGAUUGUGCGUCCGCACUCCGCUGACUUUCUGGAGUAUGAGGCACGUGCCGAGGCCGCUGCUGCUGCCGCUGCCGCCGCAAUUGCGCAGAGCAAGCAUGAAGCGGGACGGGCACCGCGACCCAAAUCGAGCUUGGACAUAAAUCGCACGCCCGAUAGUUUCUACUACUCGGAGGCCAGCUAUGCGGAGAAGAUGCGCAAAAGUGCUCUCUAUGUGGGUGGUGCUGGUGCUGGUGCUGGUGGUGCUAAUGGUGGUGGUGGUGCAGCUGCUCAGCCGCAGCAGGCAGGCAGUUAUCGUACAGUUGCUGGUGAAUUUGGCAACAACACCAUUGGCUAUGAAAAUCCGUAUGAGCGUGCCUACAAGCGCCAGGAGUUGCUCGCCGAGGCACAGGCCCAGGGUGGUGUCGCAUGCAGCAUGCCACGCAUGAGUCGCUCGGCCAGUCAGGGUGCAGGUGGUGCACGUUCCGUUUCCACGCACGCACAGCAACACCAGCAGCUGCAGCAGCAGCAGCAACAGCAGGUGGCUGGACAAGAUGAGGAUUUGCCGCCGUUGAAUGUACAUCCGGGCUCGAUAUUCCCACCCUCGAUGUCCACGCAGGAGAUCAUUAGCAAGAACGAACUGUUUCUGCGCUCGGCAAGCGCACGAUUGCCGAAGCGUAACGGUGGCCUAGAUGAUGAUUAUUCGGCCAGCAAUUCGGUGGCAACAUCACCCACAUCCGGUGGCGCGGCCCCGUCGCCGCACAAUCCACAGGAUGGUGAACGGAAACGGGAGGAGUCAAUGAAACGUCUGCUGGAAUGGAAACAGCGCAUGCUACAAUCGCCGCUGACCCGCAAGGGUGUCCAACAGGGUGGCAGCAAUAUGUCUGCAAUGUCCAAGCUUGGCAGCAAUCCGAACAUUUUGCUCGCCUCCACGGCGGUGGCUAGUGGUGCACGCUAUGCACCACUUGCGGGCAAAACGGGACUCGUUGUUGCAACACCAGCCAACUCUGGCGCCGCAUCCGCCGCCCCCUCAUCGGGCAUACAACGAUCCCGAUCAGAAACGCAUGCAAAUGUUGGACCCGGUGGAGUGGUGUACAACAGCUACUCCUCGGAUGAUGAGGUUUUAGGUGGCGAGCUGCUCUGGGAGGAGGAUGCAUUGUGGCGUGAAUCCUUGCGACGCGUUUCACAGCGUCAUGCGCGCUCCUUGGACGAUUUAGAUAGGAUUGCGGUAGCCGCUCCCACUUUGCCCAUACCAACACCUAUGCCCAUGACCACGCCCACCAGUCAGGCGACCAAAACGAAACUGAGCCGCGAAGUGACCUAUGUGAAUGACUGUCAGAAGCCAAGAUUAUUCUCAGCGGCAUCCCCUUCACCAGCCAGCGAUGAGCAUGAUGUGUAUGUGCAGCUGUUGGCCAACAAUAGUUCACCUCUUGGCCAGGCUCAAAGCGAUGCGGAUGUCUAUGAGGUGUUGCGCGAGGAGACGGGUUCCAAUUUAUCGCACAAGUCAAACGAACUGGAUCGCGAGAAUAUACGACAAUGGGAUGCCAUGUCAAGUGGUCUGAUGAAGAGCCAUAACACCAACAGCAACACCAACAGCAACAACAGCCACAACAACAAUGCAGAGAUGUCAACACGAGGUCCUUCCUCAAGUGGUCCCAUGUUGCCGCUGACCAGCAAUGUGCGCUCCAUCAUUCAGCAGCUGAAUGGCAACAAUGAAAUCAAUGUCAAUCCCAUUGCAUUUGAUUUUACAGCCUCGAUUUCGGUGCGCAACGUGAACAAUUUGCCCAAGGGCAAUCUAACUGUUAAACCGGAUCCCUCGGAUGCACAGCAUCAGGAGUCGGCGUCGGCUUUCGCCCACUACGAUCCCUACUAUGGCAAUGCGACGGAAACCAACUAUGCCAAGGCCACAGUGCUCACGGAUCGUGGCCAAUAUAAUGAUCGGUCAGGCCACAUGGCGACUUCGACGCCACAGCAACAGCAACAGCUGCAACAGCAACAGUUGCAACAGCAACAAAUGCAAUUUGGAAUGCGUCGCGCUGGCAGUCGAGCUGAAAUAGAUAUGCUGGAGCGUGAGACCAGCUCACAGAUAAGGAAUCGUCUGCGUGGUGCUGAGGGUCUAACGCGUGCUGAGAGCAUUCAGCGCUUGGAUUAUCUAAAGCAACAUUUGCUGGACUUGGAGCGGCAAUAUGAGAAGAGCAAGCCACUGGUCAAUCUGGUGGAUAACAUGGUAAAGCUGGGUUCGCUGUAUCGCAACGAUGCCAAUGGACGAGCACAGCCAGCAACAUUGGAUCGAUUGGAGUUCAAUCAGCGUAUGCAGGAGCGUCAAAUGUUACAGGAGGAGGAAAAGCAAUGGGAACGAUUGAGUCCCAAUCAAGCAGAGUUGCAGGCCAAGGUUCAUGAGCUCUAUCAGCUGGAUCGGCUGCUGCAGGAGGAGUCGGGCAUAUUGCAGAGUUUGCAGCGGGACAAAGAGGAUCUGGAGCGUGCAUUGGGUGGUUUGAGGGCGCGCAUUCACGACAACAAUGCCACGCCCAUGGCUUUGGAGGCGGCCAAGAAGCAGCAGCACAUUUUGGAGCGUGAAUUGUCGCGUGUCCAUCAGCUGCUGGCGGAGAACUCAAAGAAACUGGAGCAGACUGUUGCGGGCAAUGCGCGUUUGGAGCAGGAGCUGUUGACACUCCGCCAGAAGGUGCAGGCAGCUCGGAGCAAUGGCGUCAGCAAUGAUGCCUCACAAUUGAAUGGCAAUCAGACAGCUGCUGUACUCCAGUCUGAGUUGGAGCGUGUUCAAUCUCUGGUUGGGGAUAUGCAGAGGCAGCGACAUGAUCUCAGCUCCGCAGUGCGUCAGUUGACGGAGAACUCGACGCGUUUGUAUCAGGAGAUUGGCAACAAGGAAUUGAGUCCAACUAACGGAGGCGGAGGCACCACCAAUGGUAGUCUGAAGAAACGAAGCAACUCCACCAGCUGGACAGAGACCGAUCUGGAUGCCAAUAUGAUGCACAAUGGCAGUCAACAGCAUUUAAAUGAUUCCACUUUGAAUCUAUCGACACCACUCUAUGUGGACACCAAUAGCUCGGCCAAGUUGGGUGACUAUAAUCGCUAUAAUGGCAGCAGCGAUGCCCUGGAGAUGAGUGGCGUCGAUAGCGAUGGUUUUCUGGACAGCAAUCCCUUUGCCAAUCUGAGCAAUCUCGAGAAGCAGGAGAUCAAAACGGUGCGCAUUGUCAAGCGCGAAUCGGAGCGUCGGCAUCGUGAUCGCAGCGAGCGAGGAUUGAGCAACUCUACCCAGAAUCUGGAUCAAGUGCUGGAGGAGGAGCAAUAUGCUCAACAGCAGCAGCAGCAGUAUGCUCACAGCAUGGAGGAGCCAAUGACCAAUGGACACCACAAUCGUUCCAAGUCGCUGCCGCGCAACUACAGCGAACCUCCAAAGUCCAGGCACAGCAGGCACAUGAAUGGUAAACAGAAUGGACACCACUAUAAUGGCGUCAACGACUACGAUCGCAAUAGCAACUAUGAGCAACAUCAGGCACCGCCACCGCCAGCACCACAAAGCAAUGGCCACCACCACCAUCAUCAUCAUCAGCAGCAGCAGCAGCAGCAGCAGCAUCAGCGGGAGCAACGGGAGCAUCUGAAUCCCUUGGCCAAUGCGUAUUUUGCCAAGCAGCUGCAGCAGCAGGCACAUCCUGCCCGGGACAGCGCCAGAGUCGCUCUGCGCACCAAGACAGACUCGAUGCAGAGCUUGAACAAGAGCUUGACGGACAUUAGCCCGGAGCCAGUGUUCCAGAGUGUCGCUGCACGUCAGAUCAUCAACGAAAUGUCCGCCGGUUCCGCCUCGGAGGAUACUGAAAAGAUUGUGGAGCGUGUCCCACCACCGCAUCACAAGCAUCGACGAGCUGUGCCGCGCGAGAAGCGACGACACUAUACGGCACCCAACAAUGUCAACCAGAAGGCAAUGGAGAAGGUGCAGGCAGAGAAUGACAUGAAUCGAAAUAAUACCAAUUGGCGUGCACGAGAUGAUCUGGACAUGGAGGUGGCGUUGCGUCCACGCAUAAAUGCGCCCGAUGUGGUGCGCUCAGCCUUGGGUCAGGGCGAGAAGAUCUCGGAGAAUACCAUUGACAACUUGCUAUUGGCGCCCAACAAAAUAGUCAUACCCGAGCGUUACAUACCAGAAACAACGCCCGAGCUGUCGCCAGAGGAGAAGAAGCGUCGCCAGGAGAAGGUUGAGUCCAUUAAGAAAAUGCUAGCUGAAGCGCCCAUUAGCAGCAAUGAGAACGAGACUCUGCCAGCGAGCAAGAUCACAGCGGAGAAGAAGCAACGCGAGCACUUGCUGCAGCUCAAUCAGAUUUUGGCCCAACAAGUGAUGCAAGUCAGCAAAAUUGUUGCAGAGAAAGCCAUGUCGAAGACGGCCAAUGGGAAAUCGGGCCAGGGCAGCGAUGAGGAGCGGCGCUCGGAAUCGCCAAGUGAACCACUGCCGUUAUACCAACAACGCGAUAAUUUUUACAGUUAAGCGUAUGGCAAAUAACUAACUACACCGAAAGAAGCGAUUAUAUACUAUAAAUAAGCACAAUAACAGCUGCAUUUAUCUUCGAAAAUCAAACUAGAGAAACUUUGCUAAAAACAAUUUAAAAUCGAAAUUUAAAUCGAAAAUCGUAUCAAUUGUUAAGUGACUGAUAAGCAAGAGCAUUUUAAAGAUAUCAAAAACAAUAUAUAAAUUAACGAAUUUUUAGGAAUGCGAAAAAUAAUAAAUAAAAAAAAAACUGUUAAUGCUUACAUACUCACGUAUAUACAUAUGCCUAUAUUAAAUAUAUAUGUAUAUAUACAUAUGUAUUACAUAAAGAUGCAACACACACAUAUAUAUAUAUAUAUAUAUAUACUACAUAAAGAUGCAACAUAUCAAUAAGCGUGUUAAUAAUCAUUAUAAACGAUGGCAAUUACAUCAAAUGUUAAAGCAACGUUCUCUGAAGCAGACAUGGGUAGUCGGUAGAGCAGUUUAUUGACUGUCGUCGCUUGGUACUAUAGUCCUACCAUAUCGGUCUAUAUAGACAUAUACUAGCACUCUAACUACGACGCAUCAAUACUUGUUGCAGGCUCUCGAACAAGUACAUGAAUUAUAUCAGAAAAUUGGAGCCAACUUAUUAUGUGUAUGUGUUGGUAACUAAAAACAAUAACUCUAAAGACUUUUACAAACUGACUUUUGAAGAGUAGCGCAUUUUCCCCCAAACCAUAAGAACAACAAUAUGUCAAAUACAAAUUUUGAAGCCAAUUAUUGCAUUUGAUACAAACAAGUUUUUAAGAUCACAAAUCAAAAGCAACAACAACAAGAAGAACAACAAGAAAAACAAGAAAAGGGCACCACAAUGGUAGUUAGGAACUAACAUAAAACAUAAAUAAAAACAGUCAAUACCCGAUUUUAAAAGAGGGUCAGCUCAAAUAAGGGCAUUUUCACAACCUUGGCAAUAUUUCAAUACGUACCUAUCACAACAAAACACAAUUUAAAGCUUAAUAUAAUUAAAUUGUAUUAAAGACAGAUAAAAUGAGUGGAAGAGGAGACCCUACGUUAAACUAAAAAUACGGAUAUGCAUAUAUUAUUUUUAGUUUACUCAUGCGUUUGAAUCAGAUAAAUAACUAUAAAUAUAAUCAAUUAUUUAAAUAUAGGUCAAUUAGCCAGGCAAUUAUCAAAAGCACGCAAAGGAAGCAAAAACAAAAAAAAGGAAAGUAAAAAUUAAAAGAAUAAAAAGAAUUAUAAAUGUUUUUAAACAAUGCAAAGUCAAUGAUAUACUAUUAUACGCAAAUGCAAUUCAAUGUUAAUGUCUGUAUAACUUUUAAAGUUAUUAUAAAAAAAAUCACAAUUUACUACACAAAUACAUAAAUAUCGU